AGAGGAAGUGGACUACUUCCAGCUUGCACAAUACUGUCAGACGAGACAACUCCUUUAUCACGCUCCUGCCACAAACUCCCCCAUCACUUCAUACAAGCAAACAUUCCGUGCCUGUCUCCCCGUAGCCUUCUGUGGGUUCGCAGAGGCGCCGGUAAUCCUCUCUUUGCAUCUCUUUGCAGCGCUCAGCACCAGGGUGACCGCAGACACAGAGCAGGGGGGAAGGUUGCGAGGAUGGCCGCCUACAAGCUGGUGCUGAUCCGCCACGGAGAGAGCUGCUGGAACCAGGAGAACCGCUUCUGCGGCUGGUUCGACGCAGACCUGAGCGAGACCGGCGAGCAUGAGGCCAAGAGGGGAGGACAGGCUCUCAAGGAUGCUGGCUAUGAGUUUGAUAUUUGCUACACCUCUGUCCUAAAGAGGGCCAUCCGCACGCUGUGGUUUGUUCUGGAAAGCAUUGACCAGAUGUGGCUUCCCGUCAACCGUACCUGGCGGCUCAAUGAGCGCCACUACGGUGGCCUGACGGGUCUCAACAAGGCUGAAACGGCAGCCAAGCAUGGCGAGGCUCAGGUCAAGAUCUGGAGACGUUCCUUUGAUACUCCUCCCCCAUCCAUGGAUGAAGGGCAUGACUUCUAUGAGAACAUAAGCAAGGACCGGCGUUAUGCUGACCUGACAGAGGACCAGCUUCCCACCUGUGAAAGUCUGAAGGACACCAUUGCCAGGGCACUUCCCUUCUGGAAUGAAGAGAUCGUUCCACAGAUCAAGGAAGGAAAGAGGGUGCUGAUUGCUGCCCACGGCAACAGCCUGCGGGGCAUUGUCAAGCAUCUCGAAGGUAUGUCGGAGGAGGCCAUCAUGGAGCUGAACCUUCCCACAGGCAUUCCCAUCGUGUACGAGCUGGACAAGAACCUGAAGCCGCUAGGACCCAUGCAGUUCCUGGGAGAUGAGGAGACGGUCAAGAAGGCCAUGGAAGCUGUGGCUGCUCAGGGCAAAGCCAAGAAAUAGACUUAUCCUUCCCCUAAAGGCUAGAGUACAGAUCAGUCACACGUGUGGUUCUUUCAUCAGCUUAAAAAAGAGAAAUUAAAUGUCAUCAUUUUUGUGUCAUCACAAAUUUGCGCACACAAACACAAUGUGCACUUUAUAUGAAUAAUAUCCAGCUGUCACAAACACACACUGAAAUUUGAUUUGAUUGGUCUUUACUCUGCUCUACACUGAAACAUGCAUUUCAUUAUUAGAUUAUGGAAUAUUGUUUAAGCACUGAACCAAAUGUAAAUCAGGGACCAGAAAACAAGCAAACGUAGACUAUCACUGCAGAGCUGUCCUAAGAAUUAAAUUCUAUUUACGAUUCAUGUAGGUGAAGCUUUGUAGUACAUUUAACCUACAAAAACACUGGCUGUUGAAAAUGGGCCGUGUUGUUUUGUCAUGCACUCCUGAUUUCUGCUAUGGUAUAAGAAAAAAAGAAUAAAUGUUGUCAA